GCUAUGGUUAGUGACGAGUCCUCCGAUGAUAGCUGGCUGAGAGCAGCACCAACUCCGCUCAACACUACUGCUGGCUGCAGUGGAGGUCUUUCGGAUAUCUCUCAGGCUGCUAGAGAAACAGUAUCGCAGGAUCCGGAUGGCACAGCGCCUCUCUGUCGCGACCGUGUAGAUGCGAUUCCUCCGGAGCUACAAAGUGAGGGGCGCGCUCUUCUCACUGGCAGCAUAUCGGGUCAGGCUUGUGCAGACGAUCAAGUUUUUCGUGGAAGGCAAGAAUUUCAACCGGAUCAGCCGGAUGAUAGGGGCGACUUGCUGCGGCACAUCGAAGCAAAAGAGGCGGCGCAUUGCAUUUUUAACCACAGCCACCUUCAUUGCCCCGCACGCAACUAUAGUCGGAACAAGUCCGAGCAGCAUCCUAGCCUUGGACGUCGGAGGAGAGACUCGACAAGAACAAGUACGAAAAGCCGCCCCCGCGCUUUCGAAGCGGCCUCAAAACUAGACCUGGCCUCUGGCACGAG